ACAGUAAAGCGCUGAGUAUGAAUUGUGACGGCUUUUUCGAGUUGGAGAAAAGUCGAAUAGACUACCGCAGUUACAGGCAAGUUCAAUAGUGUUAUUUGACAGCUGACAAAGGUAUAUCGAAUUGGACAAUGGCCUGAGGGCUAUAUUAGUGUCCAACCUAAAGCCUGGGGAGGAAGCACUCGAUGACUCCUUGUCGGAUUCCGAUCUUGAAAGUAAUAAUUCUGAAAGCUUGGAAGACGAAGAUGUUGAUAUCGAAGAAAACCCUAUCAGUGACCAGGAGGCGAAGUCUGCUGCUGCAUUGUGCAUUAAAGUGGGAAGUUUCUCAGAUCCAGUAGAAGCUCAGGGCUUAUCGCAUUUUUUGGAGCAUAUGGUAUUUAUGGGUAGUUUAAAAUAUCCAACAGAGAAUGAUUUUGAUGCAUAUCUUAGUCAGCGUGGUGGAACUAAUAAUGCUUGGACAGGGAAUGAAUACACUUUAUUUCAUUUCGAUGUGAAACGUAAACAUUUUGCCAGUUGCCUUGAUAAAUUUGCCAACUUUUUCAUUUCACCACUUUUAAGCAAAGAUAGCACAGAUCGUGAGAUAAAUGCAGUUAAUAGCGGUAAGUAAAGUAUCCCUUGAGUAUUUAUCAUAUAUAUAGUUCUACUAAGAUUUGUCUGUGUACAUAUAUAGGCGAUUCAACUUCUGUAUAAUAGUUAUAUGAACACUUAUUUGACCAUUAUUGUACUUUUGUCUCAAAUUGAAUUCACACAUUUAAAGUGUACAUAACGUAAGGGAUAUUCACUUGAAGAUGAUUUGUAGAGAUUAGUUGCAUAUGUAGGUUGUAUUUAUCAUAGAUUUAUCUGUACCACUGAAAACCAGGGGACUAUUGGGGUGUGACUGGUGUGCAGAUGUAUCAAAGGUGAAACGAUUGUCACCAAUGUCAUUGCAUGACCGUCCCUGUCACAAGUUGGUCAAGAUUGAAAUUUUACUGUUAUGCUAGCCCAUUGGUUCUUAUGGUUAAACGUUCACUGCAAGACCUGAACAUACUGGAUUCAAUUCUGGAUGUGUGGUUGUGGUCGCACAUUACUGAGGAGCCCCAUAACAUGGCGAACCAGCUAUUUAGCAUGUUAUGUCCGAACGAAAAGUAAGUGAAUGGUAACUGCUGAAAAUUAUUUGUGGGCUAUUAUUAUAUAUAUUCCUAUUGGAUAACUAUUAAGUAACUAGAUUAUAUGUAUAUUCAUAUUCCUUUUAUCACUAACUUUCGUUUGACCCAUUAAACACUAUUAUACGAUUUAUUAUUCUCAAGUUACUCCCAGUCUGUUAGUUACAGUCGUACACUCACAGCCACUCUUGGCUGAAUCUUGUAUAAUUAUUAAUUUUCAUUUUAUGGUGUGAUGCGGUCUGAUUUGUUUGUAUAUAAACUACGUAUUAUAUUAUUAAUACAGUUUUUUCCUUUUUUACAGAAUUCGAACUGGCAUACACCAAGGAUUCUUCACGACUUCACUAUUUAAUUGGUCAUUUGUCUCGUAAAGAUUCUCCCUACAAACUGUUCGGUUAUGGUAUAUAUUUUCAUCUUUUAUUGGCUAAUUUUUUAUAUGUAUAUGGUUCACCCUUCACUGUUCGAUGCCUUCAAAUGUGAAUUAUCAAAAUUCUUGUUUUAAGUUUGUCAUGUGUAAAUUAUCUUUGAGAUUGUUUCUUAUCCUCUUUUGUCUUCAGGCAAUUGUAAAUCGCUACGUGAAAUCCCGGAACAAAAUGGUACUGAUAUUUAUUCACUUUUGAAUAAACAUCGAAAGAAUUUUUAUUCUUCUGACCGAAUGACACUUGCUGUACAGUCAAAACAUCAUUUAGACGAUCUGGAAGUAUUGGUACGAAAAAUUUUCUCUGAUAUACCAAGAAUUGGACUACCUGUGACAAACUUUCAAUGUGUUGAACCUUUUGAUGUUAAUUCAUUUGCUAAAUUAUACAAAGUUUGUCCUUUGAGUGUAAAAGAAAAAAUACGUAUUGUUUGGGUUCUUCCUCCACAAAUCAAUCAUUAUGAAUCAUCUCCAAUGGAGGUGUUAUCUUCCCUUAUUGGUCAUGAAGGUAGAGGAAGUGUAUUGGCCUUACUUAAAAAAGAAAAUCUUGCCGUUUCACUUAGCGCGGGUGUUACUUGUACAUCAGAUUUUGAUAAUUCUAGUUUAUGUACAAUUUUUAUGGUUAAUAUUCAACUUACUGAUUAUGGUCGUGAUCAUAUUUUUCAAGUUUGUGGAAUAUUAUUUGAUUAUAUAAAAGUUCUACUGUACUCAGCGUUAAAUUCUACAUUGAUACCUUUAAUGAAUGGUGGUUUAGAAGGUAAUAAUAAUAGUAAUGGUAAACGCGUUCAUACAAAUCACUGUCAUAAGCAUACGUUUGCUACAUAUCUACCAGAAUAUCAAAUGGUUAAAACAGCUAAUUUUCUAUAUACAGAACCGGAGGAAGCUGAAGAUACAGUGGUUAAUCUAGCCAAUAUGUUACAUCUUGUUAAAUAUGAACAUGUUUAUUCUGGUUAUAGGCUAUUGAAAAAGCCAAAUAUAGAAUUGUACAUUGAUCUAUUGAAAUUGAUGACACCAAAUCGUGCAGCUAUAUUCUUUCUGUCAUCAACAUUUGCAUCUUCAGUGAAAGAUGAUGAAUCAAGAUUGGAACAUGAACCAUGGUUUAAUGUAGCUUAUCAAAAAGAAGAUAUACCUGAACAUAUUAUGAACGGGUGGAUCCAUUCAAAACCAGACGACGAACAAUUACAUCUUCCAUAUGAAAAUAAAUUUUUGACAACGGAUUUUAGUUUAUUGGAUUCAAAAACUGAUAUGAAGCAACCUGUGGAUUUAAACUUGGAACCUGGUGCGGAAUCACGUCUAAAAUAUGGUCAUUUAUGGUUUCAACAAAGUACUCGUUUCAAAUGUCCCAAAGCUUCUGUAAUGAUUCAUCUUUGGUCUGAUAUUGUAUCAAAAACAAAAGAAACCAUGGCAUUGCAUACAUUGAUGGUCUAUGGUUUAAAUCAAUCAUUGAGUACAAUCAUCUAUGAAGCUGGUGAAGCAGAUCUAGUACAAGAUGUAGCGUUUCGUGAUAAUGGCUUACGUAUUUGUGUUAGCGGUUUUAGUGAAAAAUUGUUUUGUUUUUAUUCAACUAUACUUGAUCAUAUAUUGGAUCAAACACAAGAUUUAUCUAAAGAAUAUUUCGAAUCAUAUCGUGAUGCUGUACUUCAAAUUUAUUAUAAUGAAGCACUUAAACCAAAUGUACUCAAUACUCAUCUUCAAUUUUAUCUUCUUCGUAAAGAAGCUUAUCUAAUUACAGAUUUACUGAGUGCACUGAAAAAUUUGUCAGUAGCUGAUGUCGCUGCGUAUAAACAACAAUUUUUGUCCACUUUACAUAUCACCAUCUAUGCUUAUGGUAAUAUAACAAGACAGGAUGCUAUUUCUUUCUUUGAUUAUACAGUGGAGAAAAUUCAACCUAUACCUAGAUCCACAAGAAAAUUGAUUGAUACCUCAAUCCUAGAUCCAGGUACAUAUUAUCUACGUGUUAUGAAUUGUAAUCCGAACGAUGUAAAUAUGUGUCUAGCUAGAAUACAUUUACUUGGUGAAUCCGAUAUUAAACAACAAUGCUAUAAUAAACUAUUGGCAUUUAUAUUAUCUGAACCGGCUUUUGAUUAUCUGCGUACUAAAGAAACUUUAGGAUAUACUGUUUAUCUCCGAUAUUGGCGAUCAUCUCCUGGUGGUACAUUACAUUCAGGUAUCAGUUUAGUAGCAUAUAGUCCAGCUAAUAAAUAUUCCAUUGAUUAUGUCGCUGGAAGAUUGACUGCUUUCUGGCGUCGAAUAGCUCCAAGGAUUAUUGCUGCUAUGCCAUCGGAAACGUUUAAAACGUCAGUAGAAUCAUUGAUAUCUGUGCAUCAAUUAGAAGAUCCUAAUAUGAUGACAGAAUUUGAAAGAAAUUGGGAUGAAAUUAUGGAAAGUACAGCGAAUUUUAAUUAUCGUGAAGAAUGUGUGAAAAUUUUGUCAACUAUUACUCAAGAAGGUCUGUUGAAUUUCUUCUUAACAGAAUAUUUAGAUGUUAAAAAACAACGUUCUUUAUUUGUACAGGUUGAUGCAAUUGCCAAUCCAGAAUUGACCAAAACUACUGUCUCCAAUUCUUAUUGUUUAGAUUUUGAUACGAUUGACACGAAUUGGGAAACAUUGAAAAAUGAAUAUACAAGUAUAAAGAGUAUUGAUAUAGCCAACGCUUUAAUGACAUGUGGUUAUGAUGAAAAACAAGCGAUGGAUUUUAUGAUGAAAUCGUAUUCUAAUAAUAAUGGUAAUACAAUUGAUAACAGUCUACUAUUGGAGCAGGGAGAAAAUGAAGCGGACGAGCAAAAGACUAUAGUUUUCAUAAAUAAUUUGUUUAAAUUCCGUUCAACUAUUCAAUACCAAACUGGUCGAAACGUUUAAUAAUGAUUGUUGUCGUUGUAGUAUUCUUUCUCCAAAAAAAAAGAACAAACUUUGACUUCAGGUGGUGUAAUGUAUAACAUUUUCUUCUUUUUUUUUGAGAAACGUACAUUAUUAGCAUAAUCCAUUUUCUUUGCUUUAUCAACACGGCAACAAUUCACGCUUCCUUCGUCUACAUGAUGUGAUUACAAUUAACUUGGUAUUUAUUUAUGUGUGUGUGUUGGGGGCGCCAGUGUGAUUAAUUCGAAUUUCGCUAUAUUGAAUAGGCUUGUAUUGGUAGUUGUUCUUUUUUAUUCUUCAUCUUUGUACUAAACCUGUUUGCGGUCCUUGUCUUUUCGUUUAUAUUUGUACAUAUGUUCAUGUGUACUAUUGUACCGUUGAUGAAUAUAUAAAUUUGAUAGGCAAAUAUAUGCAUACAUUUGACAAUA